UAUAUCCUGUACUCGUAGAAAAUCCCCUAUUUUCCCUCGCUCUGAUUUCGAAACCCUAGCUUUUAGAUCACCAAAUCGAUCGAUUUUCACCAUGAUUCCGUUGGCGCCAAGAUUGUCCACUGAAAUUCGGCUCUUGCUCGACACCUUGAACGAUUCCAAUUCCGAUUCCGUUCUUCGGGAACUCUCUCAGUAUGUUGAGUAUGGAACUGAGGGCAGCAUUCUGCUUCUGGAGACCUGUUUGGACCACUUCAAAGUUUUUGAAAAGGACUUGAAAAGUACUCAUCUGGAACCUGUAGUUGCGUCAGUUUUUAGAAAAUUGUUGGAGAAGCCGCAGUUUAGUACUGUAUUCUCAAUGUCAGUAAGGCCAACAGCAAUCACUGAGGAAUUUCUGGUUAAUUUUUCUGUUGCUCUACAUUUAUCGGCACAUGAGAAGCUUGGAUUUGGUCUUGCUUUGACAGAUUCAGAAAAUAAUGACAUCAGAAUGGCUGGAAGAAAUUUCUGUAUGAGGCAGAUUGAGGAAUUAUGUGCUGCCAGUGCCUCUCUGCAAACUGCUGACUAUGUUCAGGAUGCAUUGCUGUUUCUUAAUAAAUCCGAAGUCCUUUCUAAACAUGUGGAUUCGUUUAUGCAGUUGUUAUCUCUUGUUCGGUUUGAUGAGAAUUCAGGGUUUAUUUUAGCUCCUUUCCUUUCAGAUGAACUACAAGACUCCAAGUUAUUGAGGAAUAUGGAUUUUCUCAAUGAAGGCAAUGAGAAUGAAUUUGAUGCUAUCCUAGCAGAAAUGGAGAGGGAGAUGAACAUGGCUGAUAUGUUGAAAGAAUUGGGCUAUAAGUGCACAUUAGACGUGUCACUUUGCAAAGAUCUGUUAUCUUCGUUCUCACCCCUAACCGAAGUAACUGUCGCUAGGAUACUUGGUACAGUUAUUCGAUCUGAUGCCGGUUUUCAAGACCAUGAAAAUGCGUUCUACACAUUUUAUUCUGCUCUUGGUAGAGGGAAUCUGUCUGAUAUGUCUUCACCAAACUCUUGGAACACUGAUGUCCUUGUAGAAUCAAUUAAGCAGCUUGCUCCUGGAAUCAGCUGGACCGCUGUAAUCGAGAACCUUGAUCAUGAGGGUUUCUACGUUCCAGAUGAGGCAGCAUUUUCACUAUUGAUUUCUUGUUACAAACAUGCAUCCCAGGAUCCCUUUCCACUGGCUGCUGUUUGUGGGAAUGUUUGGAGAAACACCGAGGGGCAGCUGUCUUUUCUUAAGUAUGCCGUUUCUGCACCACCUGAAGUAUUCAUGUUUGCACACUGCAAACGGCAAUUGGCAAAUGUUGAUGCAAUCAACAGUCAAAAGAUGCAAUCUGGUCAUGCAAAUCAUGCAUGGUUAUGCCUCGACCUUUUGGAGGUCCUGUGCCAGUUAGCUGAGAGAGGCCUUGCCAAAUCUGUUCGAUCACUGCUUGAAUAUCCCCUUAAACAUUGCCCUGAAGUGUUGCUAUAUGGGAUGGCCCAUGUUAAUACACCAUAUAACCUCCUUCAACAUGAAGUUUCGUUGGCUGUUGUUCCUGUGAUACUGAAAGAUGCUUCUGUGUUCGGCAUUCUGCUCCAUCUUUGGCAUGUUAACCCACCCUUUUUGUUGAGAGCUUUAAAUGAUGCAUUAAGCAUAGAUUCAGAUAACAUCAUAAGGGUCUUGGAUUUGUGCCAGGAGUUAAAGAUUAUAUCUCCCGUAUUGGAUAUGGUACCUAUGUUUAUGGGCAUUAGGCUGGCAGCCCUGGCUUCUAGGAAAGAGCUCGUAGAUCUGGAGAAGUGGUUGAGCUCAAAUUUAAGUACUUACAAAUAUACUUUCGUUGAGGAGUGCCUCCGAUUCCUGAAGGAGGUGGAGUUUGGUUCUCAGGAAUCUUCGAAUCGUUUGCAUAAUUCCGGAAACAUCUGGAGUUUUUAUAUGGAGACAACUCCUGUGUUCUUAAAGGUUCUUCAAACACAUACCGACUUGCUCUCAGCUAACCAACUUUCUAAGGAAAUGGAAAGACUGAAUUUGAAGUUUACAAACAACAGUUCAAGGAUGAGGAACAACGGAGCUCCUGAUUCAUCAACACCUGAAGUAUAUGCAGAUGAUAUAGAGACAGAGGCCAACUCUUAUUUCCAUCAAAUGUUCUCUGCUCAGUUGACGGUUGAUGCUAUGAUUCAAAUGCUAGCCCGAUUCAAGGAAUCUUCUGAUAGAAGGGAACAAUCCAUAUUUGAGUGCAUGAUUGCAAAUCUGUUCGAAGAGUACAAGUUUUUCAACAAAUACCCUGAUAGACAACUUAAACUCGCUGCAGCUCUCUUUGGGUUGCUUAUUAAGAAUCAACUGGUGACCCAUCUGACACUUGGUAUCGCCUUACGAGCUGUUUUGGAUGCAUUGCGUAAACCUGCGGAUUCCAAAAUGUUUGUUUUUGGUACAAAGGCUCUGGAGAAGUUUGUGGAUCGUCUGAUUGAAUGGCCACAGUACUGUCAGCAUAUCUUACAAAUAUCACAUCUACGUGGCACUCAUCCUGAGCUUGUUGCUUUCAUCGAAAGGGCUCUUACUAGAAAUUCGUCCGGCCACCCAGAUUCAGAUGCAGCAGCCUACAAUCCUGCCGCUGAUCAACAUCAUAAUUCUAUUCCACAACCAAACGUUGAGGUGGCGGGUUCGUCUCUCUCAUUAAUUGGAUCUGGUGGUACACAGUUUAGUUCACAAAUAUCUUCUCCGAUUCAGCUUCAGCAGAGGAGCCAAAGCUAUAUAGAUGAGAGACACAGAGCCUCUGUAACGUCUUCCUAUAUGAAGCCAAACAUAACUACCACAGGACAAGCCUCAGUUGCUCCACCAAAUGAUCCUGUUAAUAUACCUAAGCCACACAGUGUUGCUAGUUCCUCAGCAGCAUUGGCUUCCACUCCUGCUUUUGCUCGUCCUUCUCGAGCUGUUACUUCAGCAAGGUUUGGUUCUGCUUUAAAUAUAGAAACACUUGUCGCUGCUGCUGAACGCAGAGAAACUCCCAUAGAGGCGCCACCAUCUGAAACUCAGGAUAAGAUUUCUUUUAUUAUCAAUAAUUUAUCAGCUGCCAACAUUGAAGCUAAAGCAACGGAAUUCACAGAUGUUUUGAAAGAGCAGUACUAUGCCUGGUUUGCUCAGUACAUGGUCAUGAAAAGGGCAAGCAUUGAACCAAAUUUUCAUGACUUAUAUUUGAAGUUCCUUGAGAAAGCCAACUCGAAACCUCUAAACAAAGAGAUCGUUCAAGCCACCUAUGAGAAUUGCAAGGUUCUCUUAGGAUCUGAACUUAUAAAAUCUAGUUCAGAAGAACGUUCGUUGCUGAAGAAUCUUGGAGGCUGGCUGGGGAAGAUCACAAUUGGUAGAAACCAUGUACUGCGUGCUAAUCAGAUUGAUCCCAAAGCUUUAAUUAUCGAGGCGUACGAAAAGGGGUUAAUGAUUGCAGUGAUUCCAUUUACCUCCAAGAUAUUAGAGUCAUGCUCAAACAGUCUAGCAUAUCAACCACCUAAUCCUUGGACCAUGGGAGUUCUUGCAUUACUUGCUGAAAUCUAUGCAAUGCCUAAUCUCAAAAUGAAUCUCAAGUUUGAAAUUGAGGUAUUGUUCAAGAAUCUUAAUGUGGAUUUGAAGGAAGUAACCCCAUCAUCUCAUCUUAUUGACAAAGUGAGGGAGAUUGAAGGAAACCCUGAUUUUUCUAACAAGGAUGUUGGGACAGCUCAGCAACCAAUCGUUGGGGAAGUGAAAUCUAAUAUGAUAUCGACUCUAAAUCAAGUCGAAUUACCAGUUGAAGUUGGUAGUUCUUCUCAUUCUGCUGGUCAUUCGCGUAUAUUAUCUCAGUAUGCUGCUCCACACCAUAUUCCUGCUGUUACUUUAAGUGAGGAUGAGAAGAUGGCAGCUUUAGGCUUAUCGGAUAAGCUUCCAUCUGCUCAAGGACUUCUACAAGCACAAUUGCCUUUUUCAGUUGGCCAGCUACCGUCAUCAAAUAUGGACCAACAAGUUAUUAUCAAUCCUAAGCUCCAAGCUUUGGGUCUCCAUGUGCCUUUCCAGCGUGUGCUUGGAUAUACCAUGGAAGUGGCUAUCAAAGAAAUAGUUUCUAGCAUUGUUCAGCGUAGUGUUUCUAUAGCAACUCAAACAACAAAAGAACUUGUCUUAAAGGACUAUGCUAUGGAGUCAGAUGAGAGCCGUAUACAUAGUGCAGCUCACCUGAUGGUUGCGAGUUUGGCUGGAAGUCUAGCUCAUGUCACGUGCAAGGAACCUCUUCGUGGUUCGAUAUCAAGUCAGCUAAGAAACAAUCUUCAGGCUCUGAAUUUGAAUGUUGCAACUGAACUGCUUGAACAUGCAGUUCAACUCGUUACUAAUGAUAACCUCGACUUAGGCUGUGCAUUAAUCGAACAGGCUGCUACCGAAAAGGCUGUACAAACAAUAGAUAGUGAACUUGCACCUCAACUUUCGAUGAGAAGGAAGCACAGAGAAGGGCCCUAUUUUGAUACAAGCCUAUAUACACAAGGUCAUGUAGGUGUUCUACCAGAAGCCUUGCGUCCUAAACCUGGCCGACUAUCCCAUUCUCAACAGCGGGUUUAUGAGGACUUUGUUCGAUUACCAUGGCAGAAUCAAUCCAACCAAAAUUCGAAUGCUGGACCACUUGGCCCUUCAGCUCCACCAGUUAGUGGUGCUCUACACCGGGGUUAUGGUUCCGGUUCAGGUUCUGUUUCAGGUCAGAUGAACAUGAACCCUGACAUCUUCUCAUCUGGUAUCAAUGCUGUAGCACACUCCUUGGAUGCUGAAGAUAUGGAGUCUAAUUCAGUAAAACUCCUUAGUGGUUCCGCCGUACAUAGCUCAAUGGGUGGUGGUAUGGGUCCGCACACCUUUGAGAAUGAAGCGGUUCUCUCUUCAUUUUCUUCCGUUUCAGCUGUUCCUGAACUGCACAUUCCAGAAGCUUCUGUUGUCUCCAAAGACCCGGGAGCAUUUGCACAGCCUUUGCCUUCACCCUUAGCUUCAGAUCGCAUUACAAGUACUACCACAGAACCUUCAUUGACCACCAAAGACGCAGUUGAUAAAUACCAGUUUAUCUCAGAGGAGCUGGAAUCUUUGAUAGCAAAGGAUGCUAAAGAAGCUGAAAUUCAGGCUAUUAUUGGCGAGGUUCCUGGGGUGAUUCUUAGAUGCAUUAGUCGGGACGAGGCUGCGUUAGCCGUCGCUCAGAAGGUCUUCCAAGGCUUAUAUGAAAAUGCAGCAAACGCCGCUCAUGUUGGGGCCCAUCUUGCCAUGUUAGCUGCCAUUCGUGAUGUCAGCAAGCUUGUGUUCAAUCAACUCACUAGUUGGGUAAUAUAUUCCGAUGAAGAUAGGAAAUUCAACAAAGAUAUUACCGUUGGCUUAAUUCGCAGAGAGCUGUUGAACCUUGCUGAGUAUAAUAAUCAUAUGGCUAAACUUCUUGAUGCCGGAAAGAACAAGGUGGCAACAGAAUUUGCAAUCUCUCUCAUCCAGACAUUGGUGGCUAGUGACGCCAGAGUAAUAUCUGAACUUCAUAGUGUUGUUGAUGUAUUAGCUAAGCUUGCAACAAGGCCUGAUGCUCCUGAGGCGCUUCAACAACUUGUUGAAAUUGCUAGGAACCCUAAGGAUGAUUUCAACAGACUACAAAAAGACAAAAAGGUGGCUAGUCAUACUGUAGCAAGCAGGGAUGACACCGGUGUUCUGGAAUCUUCUGAACCAGAUCCUGCUGCUUUCCAAGAGCAGGUGUCACUGCUAUUUGCCGAAUGGUACAAGAUAUAUGAACUCCCUGGUGUGAAUGAUCAAUUGACUGCUCGUUUUGUUCUACAACUUCAACAAAAUGGCCUUUUGAAAGCCGAUGAUACGUCAGAUCGCUUUUUUCGCCGUCUUUUGGAUAUUGCUGUAUCACACUGUAUAUCUUCUGAGGGCGCUGUCCAAUCUCAUCAGCAAACACAGGCAUUAUCUUUUCUUGCCAUUGAUAUGUAUGCAUCACUUGUCUUUUCAAUACUGAAGUUCUCUGCUGCUGACCAUGGAUUAAGCAAGAUGCCGCUUCUGUCAAAGGUGUUAGCAGUGACAGUUAGAUUCAUUCAAAAGGAUGCAGAAGAGAAGAAAACGUCAUUCAACCCUAGGCCUUACUUCAGGUUAUUCAUUGAUUGGCUGCUUGACCUUAGUACCCUUGAUCCUGUCUUUGAAGGUGCAAGCUUUCAGGUUUUGACAGCUCUAGCAACUUCCUUCCAUGCUCUACAGCCAUUGAAAGUUCCUGCAUUCAGCUUUGUAUGGCUUGAGCUAGUAAGCCAUAGAAGUUUCAUGCCAAAACUAUUGAGCGGAAAUGGUCAGAAGGGGUGGCCGUAUUUCCAACGUUUACUGGUAGACUUGUUCCAGUUUAUGGAGCCUUUCUUGAGGAAUGCUGAACUUGGCGAGCCGGUUCGUUUUCUUUACAAAGGCACACUGAGAGUGCUUUUAGUGUUGCUUCACGAUUUCCCGGAGUUCCUUUGUGAUUAUCAUUUUAGUUUCUGCGAUAUCAUUCCUCCAAGCUGCAUUCAGAUGCGAAAUAUAGUACUUAGUGCAUUUCCGCGCAACAUGAGGCUACCUGACCCUUCAACCCCCAACUUGAAGAUUGAUCUGCUAGCGGAGAUUAGCCAAUCACCCCGCAUUCUAUCGGAGGUUGAUGCCGCCUUAAAAGCCAAGCAAAUGAAAAGUGACGUGGAUGAGUAUCUCAAGACAAGGCCACAAGGGACUUCAUUUCUUUCGGAAUUAAAGCAGAAACUUCUUCUUUCACCAAGUGAGGCUGCAAGGGCGGGAACACGAUACAAUGUGCCGUUGAUGAACUCUCUCGUUCUUUAUGUUGGAAUGCAGGCGAUCCUGCAGUUGCAGGCAAGAACGCCUCAUGGACAAUCGAUGGCAAGUAACGCAUCACUUGCCAUCUUCUUGGUGGGUGCUGCUUUGGACAUUUUCCAAACACUAAUAUUGGAGCUGGAAACCGAAGGACGCUACCUCUUUUUGAACGCGGUUGCUAACCAAUUGCGUUAUCCCAACAACCACACACAUUACUUUUCCUUCAUUCUUCUUUACUUGUUUUCUGAGUCAAACCAGGAGGCCAUUCAAGAACAGAUCACCAGAGUUCUAUUGGAGCGGUUGAUUGUUAACCGACCACACCCGUGGGGCCUUCUAAUCACUUUCAUUGAGCUUAUCAAGAAUCCGAGGUACAACUUCUGGAGCAGAUCGUUCACAAGGUGUGCUCCUGAGAUUGAGAAACUGUUUGAAUCGGUUUCAAGAUCGUGUGGAGGGCCGAAGCCUGUGGAUGACGGUGUGGUUGCCGGAGGGAUAUCUGAUACCAUGCACUAAAUUAGGAUUAUUAUUUUUUUUUUCUCUAGAUAGAAUUACUGUUGUGAUAGGAGCCUGUAUUGUAUGUUUUGUGUAGGUCAGUCAGUUACUAGCUUCUAGACAUUUUGGAUAUCUGUUUCUGUUAAAUACUAUUUGAAAGAUAAAUAUUCUUCUUCAUGUUGGAUACUUUUGACGGCGAUGACAGCUACGUGGUAGCGAUAAACAAUGGUUGUGGGUGGUGCGGCUCAUUUAGACC